AUGGCGCAGUGCGUGCGUCGGUUGGUGCUGGCGGCGACGCUCGCCGCUGCGGUGGCGCUGCUGCUGUGCACGAGCAGUGCGCCGGUGGCGCGUGCUGCUGGGACGGGCGACUUCACUGCGGCGCAGCGGACGAACACGCUGGCGGUGCUGCAGGCGUUUGGGCGUGCGAUCCCUAAGCUUGGGGAGGUGUGGAAGGGCGACGACUUCUGCUCGUGGGACCACCUACUGUGUUUGCCCUUGAGCGUUACCAUACGUGUUUUUGUUUUCACGUAUGCCGGCACGCUGCCGGAGAUGCCUGUGAACGUCGACUACGGGCACGUCAUGAUCGGGAACCUGGGGCUCUGGAAUAUGCCACAAGUGGUCGGGACGCUGCCCGCGUCAUGGCACUUGAUGAAGCGGUUGACAUCUUUGGUAAUUGAAGACUUUGACAGUAUCACCGGCAGCCUGCCGCCUGAGUGGAGCUCGAUGCCUAAUUUACAGACUCUGCAGGUGAGGCGACUAAAACUGAGCGGUACGUUGCCUGCGGACUGGAGCUCUUUGAAAUCACUGUCGAACGUCGUUCUUGAGGACAUGCCGAUCACAGGCUUGUUGCCCCCGGAGUGGGGCUCGCUGGAGAGAAUACAGCAGCUGGUUCUACGGAAAUUGAAGCUGACCGGCCCUCUCCCUCCUCAGUGGAGCCCAAUGAAGGCAUUGCGGUUUCUUACUCUGGAUGGCACGAAUCUAUCCGGCACGCUGCCGCCCCAGUGGAGCGCGAUGGCAUCGGUGAUAUCUCUUAAUCUGGAGGGUACUGAGGUCUCUGGCACGCUGCCGCCUAAGUGGAUAUCGAUGAGCAGGCUGCAAACUCUGAAUCUGCGGCGCACGAAAGUAUCCGGCACUCUGCCGCCCGAAUGGAGUUCUAUGGGCAGCCUGGCGAACCUUCAACUUUCUCUUACUCAGGUCUCCGGCACGCUGCCGCCCCAGUGGAGCUCGAUGAGAAAGCUUACGCAGCUGCUGCUCACCGAUACUUUGUUGUCCGGCACGCUUCCUGCUGAGUGGAGUGCGCUGCAGUCGCUUGUUAUACUGCAGCUGUCCGGCAGUAAGUUCUCCGGCACGCUGCCGCCCCAGUGGAGUGGGAUGUCGAAGGCCCGGUCCCUGCAGCUGCAGGACUGCGACCUGUCCGGCAGUCUGCCCUCUUCGUGGUCUGCGAUACCGAUGCUGGCUUCCGUCUCUCUUAAGGGCAACAAGUUCUGCGGGUGUGUGCCGGACUCGUGGGAUCAGAAGGCUGGUCUUGUUGUGGACAUCGAGGACAAGCACAAGGGCAGCGACUGCUUGGCUGGUAAGGACUGCACAACGACCACCACUAAGCCGCCCACGACGACAACGACCACGACGACAACGACGACCACUAAGCCGCCCACGACGACAACGACCACCACUAAGCCGCCCACGACGACAACGACCACGACGACAACGACGACCACUAAGCCGCCCACGACGACAACGACCACCACUAAGCCGCCCACGACGACAACGACCACCACUAAGCCGCCCACGACGACAACGACCACGACGACAACGACGACCACUAAGCCGCCCACGACGACAACGACCACGACGACAACGACCACCACUAAGCCGCCCACGACGACAACGACCACGACGACAACGACCACCACUAAGCCGCCCACGACGACAACGACCACCACUAAGCCGCCUGCCGCAACCACCACUGAGGCACCGGCUGAACCCACAACCACCACUGAGGCACCGGCUGAACCCACGACCACUGCUACCCCAACAAACACGCCGACUCCUGCACCAGAGACGGAGUGCGAGGUGGAUGGGUGUGAGGUGUGCGAGGGGGACUCCGCUGCGAGGUGCGCGAGGUGCCGUGAGGACUACUUCCUGACGGACGAGAAGACGUGCCUGGUGUACUGCGAUGGCGGUGUUGCUGCUGUGUCGAGCGGAGUGGCAGCAGCAGCUGUUGUGUGCGUGGCUGUGCUGUUCAGCGUGGGGCUGGCGGCGUGA